UUCAGAGAAGCUAUGUUUUGCUGUGAAAUAACAUGUAGAUAACCUUGUAAAUAUGUAAAAAGCCGACAACCGUCAAGUAAUGUGACAAAAGUAUAUAGCUGGUAAAUGAACACGGAUCCAAAAAUGGAUGCAUUACUAGAUAGUGUUAACUCACUAAGUGAAUCUUGUUUACUUGGUCAGUGCGGAGGAUGCAAACAACCUAGAUUUAAAGCUACCUCAGCGACAAAUUCUCUUCAGUCUUGUGAAAAACUGAACCAGGAACAAACGUUAUUCUCAAACUUCUUGCCUAAACUGAAAAGCAACAAAGAUGGUUCAAAGUCUAACAAAGUGGACACGACUAAGCUUUCCAAGUUGUUUAAAUUAGUGGUAGAAAAACGAGUGUUUGUCGUGGGAUUCAUGCAAGGAAUGCGUCAUGGACAUGUGCAUGUUGUUUUGUGUUUCGUUCGACUGGCUUUGAAAGAGAAGAAAGUGGUUGAAGAUUGCAAGCAGAUUAUUAACGAGAAGUUCGCAGAGCAUUUAAUCAGACUGGGGGAAAUCUAUUCUGACUUGUACAUAGACAGUGCCUUCCAGAGCCAGAAGAUGUUCGACCUCUUAUUAAUAGAAGUGAUGACCAUUCUCUCCCGCAUCACAUGCAACCCCACUCUCUCUUCGGUUGUGGUCCAAUCUGCACCUAAUCUGUCUUCUCUAUUGGGCCUCUGCUCCUCAGUGAUUGCACCCAGCAAUAAAACCUCACUCGUUCAAUGUAGCUUGCAGUUCCUUCUGGACUGCCUUACGGUAGAACCAUCACUUUUAAGUGCAGUGUACGAACAAAUUCUCAACUGCGAUGCAUUUAACAUCCUUGGCCAGUUAGCUGAAAUGCUCAGUCAGCCGAAGGCAAUCGUUGAUGAGUAUGACACCUUCUCAAAUAUGAAAUUGGCUGCUGAAGUAAUUCUAGUGUUGUGUGAAAUGCCUAAUUGCGAAGAACGAAUUGACCUGAUCAAAGUUUUCAUGCAGUUAGAUAUUCUUCCUGUGCUCGUGGCUAAUAUCAGACUAGAUUCGGACUCUGACUUGGACCUCAGUUUGACGUGCUGUUCAGCUGUGGCUAGAAUGUGCUAUUUUUCUCCUGAAAUUGUGCACACAUCCAUAGUCAAACGAGAAAAUACCGUCAGAUCAGAAAUUGUCUCCCAUUUGGUACAAUUCGUCCUUGCACACAUCCAAAUAGCCGAAGAUGAUUCAAGCAACCUAGAGCGUGAAAAAAGGGUGUUAUCGUGCCUUGCAGGAGUGUGUUCAGUUUUUUCCAAUGUUUGUCGACUUUCGGAGCUCAAUGAGAAAAUUUUCACAGAAGCGAAUGGGAUUUUUGCAAUGGGUCAAGUUACUUUCAUCUUGCCAGUUGCUAGAAGCACCUCUGCUUCAGGCGCAAAGGACGAAAUGAUAAAAUUAGUUUCGUAUUCGCUAAUGACGCUGCGGUUGCUGUUCUCUUCGAAAGAGAAAAUGCGUUCUCUGAUUCGCAAAUUCUUCCCGGUCGAAUUGUGUCAAAAGUUUGCAGAAUGUGGAAAUCACCAACUGAACUUAAAAAAUUACACCAGCUUAGCUUCCGAAAUUGUGAAUCGGUCUCUUAAAGGAGAAUUGAAUACAGAAGAUAUUUCAAACAAAUUGGUUGAAAUUAACUUGGAAGCACCAAAAUUGGAAGGGGAGCAAAAAAUAAUAGGCAAAUAUGUGAUAAUAGACGAACUGGGCGAUGGAUCUUUUGGGUCUGUUAUGAGAGUGAGAAAAAAGCAAGAAUAUGGAAACGGCUCUUCGGGAUCUUGUUAUGCGCUGAAGAAAAUUAUAUUUUCUGGCAAGGAGGCAGCGAGCAAGAAGAAAGCGAUGGCAUCUACGAUUAUGAAUGAAAUUAAAAUCCUGAAGGAACAAUUAAAUCAUCCCAACCUGGUCCGGUAUCUGAAGACAUUCCGUGAGAACGAGACGCUUUAUGUGCUGAUGGAACUAGCCGAUGGCAUAUCUCUGCAGGAGCACCUGGACUACAUUGAGAGCAGCAAGUGUGGCCCCAUUCAGGAAGAGAGAGUGUGGAACAUAGCCAUACAGUUCAUCCAAGGCCUGAAGUAUUUGCACGUUGACAAGGAGCUGAUUCACCGAGACCUGAGUCCGAACAACAUCCUGUUGACAUUUGAAGACGUGGUCAAGAUCACUGACUUCGGAUUCACGAAGGCCACAGACAAGAACGGCAUGUGCAGAAGUGUGGUUGGGACUGUAUCCUAUUGGUGUCCUGAAAUCACUCAGGAACAACCGUACGACAACAAAGCAGACAUCUGGGCGUACGGGUGCAUAGUGUACCAAAUGUGCACCCUGAAGCCCCCAUUCAUAGCAGACAACAUUCUCUCGAUCGCGAAGAAGAUAGUGGAGUGUAACUACCAGCCGAUAGAUGCCCGACUGCCUUACUCGGAUUUAAUGAGAUUGCUUGUGGCAAAGUGUAUUACGGUUGAAAAAGAAUUGAGACCAGAUGCAUUAGGAGUUGUGCAAAUACUGUCUCCCAAGUUGCUGGAGCAGUUAGACAUACAGGCUGACAAAUUGAAGCAGUGUCGGCGAAGGAAUGAAAUGCUGCGACAGAGACUAGAUUCAGUGAGCAAAACAUGGAAGUUGAACUCGUCUCGACCAAGUUCCAAUACACUGGAGCUAUCCUUAGGGUCACACGGUGACCUGCAAAGUGGUUUUCAAUCCAGUGGAAAUCUAACCCCCUCGCCGGCUGCUGAAGUGACCAUGGAUCUCCUAGGAUCCUCAGGAGGUCUCUCAUUUCCAACUGCUUCUCACUCACGUGCAAGCUCAGCUACCUCACUCAAUUCGGUGGCUGAAGAACCCAUGUCUAACAACGGUCACAAUACACGAAGUAACGGGCAUGGUUCUGGUAAUCCUCCAAGGAUUAACUCGCCUGUAUCAAAUAAUUUCGAAUCGAGUCAGCCAAACACAGCCGCCUUGGCCCGCGCGUUGAAAUCAACCAGGAGUCCGAGUUCUAUAUCGACAAGUAGCUCGAACAAUAAAUCGUUUACAGUCACACUGCCAAUGUCAAAACUGCGAGAAUUAAAGGUGGCUAGUUUGAGUCCUUCGGGGAAGCGAGGUUCAAUUGGAGGCCGGGAUCUGAGUUCAAAUGAUUCGCAAGUGGAUAUGCUGCAAUUUUUGAGGAGACUUGACUCAUUGUGCAAUAGAAAGAAAGAUAACUUGACCAAAAAGGAAUCAAAACAGUUGUAUCUUGUAUCACUUGUUCGAAAGAAACUGUACAGUUGCGAUGAUUCGGAAUGGAUGCGAACUCAAAUCAGGAAGUUUCUUGAAGAAAGUGGUGAUGUCAUGCAUAUAAACUUUUUUCAAAAUCCAGCUGCGAAUGAAUGCUUUGGACAAAAUUUCGCUCACCUUGCAGUAAAUUGCAUUGGUUCGAAUCAUUCACAAAUGAGCUAUUACUCUAAGUCACAAAGUUCUAUGGAAUCUGUAUCAUAUCAAGAGUUUAUGAAAAUUGUAAAUAGCUUGUAAAAAUAUAAUUGCAGAAAUAUAGAUUACUUAAUUAGAUUAGCUCAACGUUCUGAUUAAUCAUCAAAUUAGAGAUUUCUUCAACUCCCCCCCCCCUUUGGUACCU